AUGUCCAGGGGCUUCUCGGGGAACGGACCGCCGCCGUCUGGACAGCCCGGACCCGGGCAGCAGCACCACCAGCAGCACCACCAACAUCACCCUUACGGGCAGCCCCCGUACGGCCAAAACCAGCACCACGGGCAGCAGCAGCCGCCGCAGCAGCACCAGCAGCACCAGCAAUCUGGUUACCCGGUGGGGCACUCGCAGCAGCAGCAGCAGCCGCAGCAGCACCAGCAGCGUCCCCCAUACGGUCAGCAGCAACAGCAACAGCAACAGCAGCCGCGGUACGGCGGCGGCGGCGGCAGCGGCCACGCUGCUGUGGACUCGUCGACCCAGAACCCCUCCAGCUCUUCGUCCUCUGCAGGGCCAUCCUCUUCGGCGACCCCGACGGCGACCGGCAGCGGCAGCGGCGCCGGCUACGCUGGUGCCGGCGGGUACGGCGGGUACGGCAGCACUGCCCCAGCCCCCGCCGGCGGCGGGGCGCCGUCGUCUUCCUCUUCUGCCACCGCUCCGGGACAGCAGCAGCAGCAGCCGCCGCCGCAAGCGUCUUCUUCUGCCGGUGGCGCCGGUUACGGCGGCCGCUCCAACCCCGCCGGCGCCGGCGCCUACGGGCACCCCGGGACUCAGGCGGCGGCCACCGCUACGCCGUCGGCGGCGUCUUCUUCCACCGCUCACCACGGCGGGUACGGCGGCGCUGCUGCUGCUGCCGGCGGGUACGGGUCUUCUGCCCAGCAGCAGCAGCAGCACGGGAGUAGUGCUGCUGCCCCCGCGGCGGCGGCUACCCCUGCGCCGGUUGCUGCUGCGGCUGCCACUCCGGCGGCGGCAGCAGCGAGCACCACUGCUACGGCGGCCACGACGGCUGCAAGCACGGGCGGCUGGGUGUACGACCCCGUGAAGGGCUGGGUGAUGGCCCCCGCGCCGGCUCCUGCGGCAGCUACGCCGGCCGCAGCCACUCCGGCGGCGGCGGUGGCGGGAGCAACGACGAAAGCGGCUUCCCCGACGACGACGACGACGCUAUCGGCGGGUUCUUCCAGGGCUAACGGCCCGGCAGUUGCGGCCACGGCCGCCACCCCGGCCGCGACCACCUUCCAGCAGCAGCAGGCGAGUGCCUACGGCGCCUACUCCUCGUCAGGCGGGUACGCCCAGAGCGGCACGCCAGUGGCCGCGGCGGCGGCCACCGGAUACGGGCAGCAGGCUAGCGCGGCCGGCUCGAACGGCGCCGCCGCUACCGCUAGCGCCCCCGGCGCUGCUGCUUCGUCUUCCGCCGCCCCCGCCGCGUCCGCUUCCCAGCCGGCGCCGGCGCCGGCGCCUUCUCCGAACGCCGCUUCUGCCGCGGCCCCCGGCGGAUACUACGGGCAGCAGUACCCGCCGCAGCAGCAGCCAGGAGCGGCAGCGGCGCCUAUUGCCCCAGGGCAGUACAACCCUGCCACGGGCCAGUACGCUGGCUACGGCACGACCACCUCUGCCGCCCCUGCUCCCGCUAGCACCACAGCCGCCAGCCAGCAGCAGCAGCAGCAGACCCCCGCAGCAGUGGCCGGAAGCACCGCCCCAGCCUCCGCCUCUCCCUAUGCUGCCGCGGGAGCUUCCACCACCCCGUCCGCGGCUGCCACCCCUGGCGUUUACGGCGCGCAGCCGGCGUAUGCGGGGCAGCAGCAGCAGCAGCAGCAGCAGCCUUACGGAGAUCCGGCCUCCUCUCAGCAAACGACGGCGGCCCCGGGCACAGCAGUAGCGACCCCCGGUGCCACCGCCCCAUCGCCGUAUACCGGGUAUGGCGUAACGGCGCCGGCGCCUGUAGGGGCCCCGGCUGCUGCCACGCCGACCGGUUACGGAGCAGCGGUGACGGCUGGUGUUACCGCCACCGACCCUGCGACGGGAUACGGCACCUCGCAGCAGCAGCAGCAGCAGCAGUACCCGGGUUACGGCGGCUACGGCGGUGCUGCCCCUACCGCCGCCGCUUCCGGGGCUUCGUCGGCGACCGGCUAUGGCGCGGCGACGUCUGCAUACGGGAGCUACGGAAGCUCGGCGGCUACGUCUCGAGUUGGGCAGCAGCCCGCGACGACGACGGACGCCUCUGGACGCGGCGGAACCAGCAACAACCCGGCCGCGACCUCCUCCUCCUCCUCCUCGACCCCCGGUAGCGCCAAUGGCCCCGGGUCCUCCGGAGCGGCGGCCAGCGGCGGCCGGUCCAGCCGCUUCUCGUCCUCGUCGUCGACUCCCUCCUCCUCCUCCGCCACCCAGGCCAAGUCUACCUCUGCCGCCGGUGGCGCAUCGGGGUACAAGCCUAGCGCCGCUGGGAGCACCCCCGGCAGCAGCGGCGGCGGUGCGACGAAGGCCGGCUCUUCUGCUCGCGGGGGCAGCGGCGCUACGGCAACAACCCCUGCUACUGGUGCGACGGCGGCCCCCGCGUCCUCCUCGGGCAACGCCAGCGGUGGGAGCAGCGGCGGCCUUGGCAAGACCGCGGACCCACUCGCGUCGGCGGCGGCGGCGUAUGCCGCUCAGCAGGCCGCUGCCUCUGCGGCCCCGUCUUCGGCGCUCGUGUCGUCGUCGUCGUCGUCCAUGAACCCGCCUCCCGCUACCGGGGGUUACAUGCAGCAGCCGGGCGGCGGCGCCGGCGGCGGUGGGUACGGGAUGCCCACCACGGCGCCGGCGGCGGUGCCGGGGGCGCAGCAGCAACAGCAGCAACAGCAGCAACAGCAGCAGCCGUAUGGGCAGGUGGGAAUGUGA